CGCUGGGCGCCGGUCCGCCCAAACGGCGCGGCUGGGAUGUGGCCGGGCAGCGUCGCGUUACACGCCUGGGCGUGGCGGGACGGCGGGCCGCGCCCUAUAAAAGACGCGGCCGCGCUUCCCGAAGCACUGACUCGCACCGCAGAGCUCCACACCAGCACCCAGCAGCAGACAUGAAGGUGGCUCUCGUGCUGUCGUGUGCGCUGGCGGUGUGCAGCGCCGGGCUGCUGGCGGGCCCCGCGGCGCUGGUGCGCACGCCCAGCCUCGACUCGGCGGUCAUCCAGUCCGACCGGCUGGGCGGCAACUUCGCGUACAGCGCCGUCGAGGGCCACGCGUACGCCGCCGUCAGCCCCGUGGUGCAGAACGUGGUGCGGCCCGUGGCCGUGUCCUACACGGCGCACCAGGUGCCCGUCGGCCACGCCGUGCUGCCCGCCGUCGCGCCCGCCCACCUCUCCUUCGUGCACUCCCCCGCCGUCAUCCCCGGCUCCGGACUCAUCUUCGCCGGCGCCCCCGUCGCCGCCGCCCCCGCCAGUGACUCCGCCUCCGCGUCCGCCCCCGCACCGGCGGCUCCCGCCCCCAGUAGCGAUGCCGCCGUCUCGUCUGACGACACCGUCUCCGUCGAAGCAGCCUGAGCAGACUGAUGGUUCCUAGACUUCUUCCUUCCUGUCCUACCUUUCGUCUUUCCUGCACUGAUGUCACUUCUUUUUAAUAAAUAUCUUUUCUACAA